AUGGCCCUUCUCUUCCUCAAGCAGAAGCUGUUCCCCAUCCAGGAAUCAAAAACACAUUCGGGCAAACCUCUGCUCGCCCGCAUCGAGGAUGACGAUACAAUCCGCGGCGACUCCAAUCCCGACAUCGAGUCGCAGAGCGGCCGGUCGUAUGAUACUUUCGGGCGCUGUGCAAGCCCGGAUAACUCCAGCAGCAGUGGCAGUAGCACACGGGCGCGCAUCAACCCUCGCGUGGUCUCAGAUGCCAUCCUCGGCCUCUCGGACGGCCUGACGGUUCCCUUUGCACUGAGCGCGGGUCUGUCCGCACUGGGGAACACCAAGGUCGUGGUGCUGGGCGGGCUGGCCGAGCUGGCUGCGGGAGCCAUCUCAAUGGGACUGGGCGGGUACGUGGGCGCGAAGAGCGAAGCCGAGUCCUAUGAAACCACCGUCCGCGAAACCCAGCACCUCAUCGAGACCGGCCCGCACGAAACCCAGCUAAUCGUGCACGAUACCUUUUCCCCUUACGGGCUCUCCGACGCUGCCAUCGCCGACAUCACGCGCGACCUGCACGCUUCGCAGGACCGGCUGCGCGAGUUUUUGCUGGCCUUCCACCACCGCGAGACCGCACCAGACUGCAACCAGGCCUGGAUCUCGGCGCUGACGCUGGCGCUGGGCUACUUCGUCGGCGGGUUCAUCCCGCUGAUCCCGUACUUUAUUGCCACGAGCGUGCGUGUGGCGCUGUACUGGAGUAUUGGGGUCAUGGCGCUGACGCUGCUGGCUUUUGGCUAUGUGAAGACUUGUAUUGUGCGUGGCUGGACUGGCCAUGAGAAUGUCGUUGCCGGUGUCCGCGGUGGUGUCCAGAUGUGUUGUGUUGGUGGUGUCGCUGCUGGGGCGGCGAUUGCUUUGGUGCAGUUGAUUGACACUGGUGGUGCUCAUUGA